CUCCCAUAUGUUUUAUUUUCUGGAAAGGGGUGCUUUAGAAUUUGCGCUUGUCUAACACCACAUUUCCCAAUAUCAAUUUUCAAUCAACGGAAAAUGUCCACGUCAAUAGCAGAGGGUGAUGCCUUCAGAACCUCUUCGUGGAAUUCUAUCUACAUGGGCGUUGCAAAUUUGGAGCGGGCUCGUAACAGACACAUUACCAGCUUGAUUAAAAGUUCAAAUGUCGAAGCUCGUCUCAAUGCUCUAUCCAACCAAGAAUCCCAUGUGAGCCACACUACGGACCACGUUGUCGAAAAUGAUGUGAACGCCCUUGCGCGUCGAGUCGCCGCAUGCUGGAAGCUCCCGGGCAACAAUUUUACCAUAGCUGUCUUAGCCGCGAAAGGUCUGACUAACAGCAUCGAGGAGCUCCGCAUCAAGCUGCCCAAUCUCGGAAACGAAAAGUACAAUCCCGACGCAGAUUUGUUUGAACUCUUUCAAGUCGCAGCUCGAGCGUUAGCAGUUCGCUUAAUGAGGCCACCUCUACAUGUCGAUUGCACAGUCAAUCAACUAUCUCUCAUAUACUUGACGCUUAUUAGGACUGUUCCAUAUACUCAAAUAGCUCCUUCCGCUUGGCUAGGCAAUUGUCAACCCAGGCGCCCUAUGCCUGGUCCGCCACCUUCCUCCGGAUUCGCUCAAGUGCCGGGUCCCCUACUGCGUCAGCAAACUACUCCUGGUACAUCGAACCCUGGCUCUGUUUUGGUCUCUGAUUCGGACUCUGAUUCGGACUCCGAACUCGAGAUUAUCGAUGAGAAAUCAGGAGACAGAGUUGAGGAUAUCGGGGGGAAAGCAGAAGACAGAGUUGAGAAGCCAGGAAUAUGGUCAUGGUUUAGACUUCCGUGGUGGUGGCGUUAAUGUUCGCAAAGGCAAGAAGGAUAAGGAGAAGUGUCGUCUCAUUCAACAUGAGUCGACUAGGUUUAAAACUGUACUUUAACAUACAAAUGGCCUGGAAUAAUCUAGUGGUUGUGAUGUAUCUCAUUAUCGUUGUUUGUUUCGGUUGGCGAAAUAAUAUGCUUUACCACCGUUGGUUUUGCAUCUCCUGU